CGUCUAUCAUAUGGCCCUGAAGGAAAAGGGACCCGGUUGAUACAUACUGCAGUUCUCACGGAUCCACCUCCGCAUCAUCUGCCUUCGUAUGGGACCUUCUGGAUGAACGGUGUGGAUCAUCACGGGGUGGAGGUGUAGAAGGGGCGAGCAGAUUGGGCAAGCCUCCUUUCGACAUAUCCCUCGCCCCACCCCUCCGACGAAGAGAGACGCCGUAAUAAAGAGAGAAUCCGCCGCUUGCCUUGCCUCGAGUACACUGAAGUAAUCAGCAGCCGCAGCAGCACCAUCUAACUUUGGUGCUCCGCUCUUCCUCCUUCCGUCUUAUAUAUAUCCAUAUAUCCCCAAACCUGCACGAGGACAGACAGUUCUCUCUCUCUCUCUGUCUGUCCGUCUCUUUCUCCCGUUUGCUCUCUGUCACAGCAGCAGAAGCAUCAGCAAACUUGAAGAUGGCAGCAGCAACAGCAGCAGCGUCGCUGUGGCAGCCUCAGGAAGAGGGUCUGCGCGAGAUCUGCGGGCUGCUGGAGCAGCACAUCUCGCCCACAUCCGAUCAGGCGCGGAUUUGGCAGCAGCUCCAGCACUACAGCCGCUUCCCCGAUUUCAACAACUACCUUGCUUUCAUUCUCGCCCGGGCAGACGGAAAACCAGUGGAAAUUCGACAAGCAGCUGGGCUACUUCUGAAAAAUAAUCUAAGAAGUGCUUUCAAUUCUAUGGCUCCUCCAUACCAGCAAUUUAUAAAAGCAGAGUUGUUGCCCUGUUUAGGGGCUGCAGAUAGACAUAUCAGGUCUACAGUUGGAACAGUUAUCAGUGUGGUUGUUCAGCAGGGGCGAGUUUUUGGUUGGCCCGAGCUGUUGCAAGCCCUUGUCCAUUGCUUGGAUAGUAAUGACCUGAAUCAUAUGGAAGGUGCAAUGGAUGCUUUAUCUAAGAUUUGUGAGGACAUUCCAGAAGAGCUCGAUUCGGAUGUGCCAGGAUUAGCUGAACGUCCAAUCAAUGUAUUCUUGCCCAGGCUCUUCCAGUUUUUCCAGUCACCACAUCCAUCGCUCAGAAAACUUUCCUUGGGUUCUGUAAAUCAGUUCAUUGUGGUGAUGCCAACGGCUUUACUGCUAUCAAUGGAUCAAUACCUCCAGGGUUUGUUUGUUCUCGCUCAUGACCCGUCUGCAGAUGUGCGAAAAUUGGUUUGCACUGCACUGGUUCAGUUAAUCGAAGUCCGUCCUUCCUUCCUGGAGCCACAUCUGGGAAAUGUCAUUGAAUACAUGUUGCAAGCCAAUAAGGACACAGAUGAUGAAGUCUCGCUUGAAGCUUGUGAAUUUUGGUCGGCAUAUUGCGAAGCUCAUUUACCACCUGAAAGCUUAAGAGAGUUCUUGCCACGCCUAAUUCCAGUUUUGUUGUCAAACAUGGUCUAUGCUGAGGAUGAUGAGUCACUUGUUGAUGCUGAGGAUGACGAGUCUUUUCCAGACAGGGAACAGGAUAUAAAGCCUCGUUUCCAUACAUCACGAUUUCAUGGAGCAGAUAAUGCUGAAGAAGAUGAUGAUGACAUCGUCAACGUUUGGAAUUUAAGGAAAUGCAGUGCAGCUGCUCUAGAUAUCCUUUCAAAUGUAUUUGGGGAUGAGAUUCUUCCAACCUUGAUGCCUUUAAUUCAGACCCAGCUGGCGACCACUGACGACAAUGCCUGGAAGGAAAGGGAAGCUGCUGUUUUAGCAUUUGGUGCCAUAGCAGAGGGCUGCAUUAGUGGUCUCUACCCUCAUUUGCCUGAGAUUGUAGCAUUCCUCAUACCACUUUUAGAUGAUAAAUUUCCUCUUAUAAGGAGUAUUACUUGUUGGACGCUUUCACGUUAUAGCAAAUUCGUUGUUCAGGGCAUUGGCCAUCCAAAAGGUCAUGAACAAUUCGAUAAAGUUCUUAUGGGUCUCCUAAGAAGAGUAUUAGACACUAACAAGCGGGUGCAAGAAGCCGCUUGUUCAGCCUUUGCGACACUCGAAGAGGAGGCAGCAGAGGAGUUGGCACCACGCUUAGAAAUUAUUCUGCAGCACCUUUUGUGUGCUUUUGGAAAAUAUCAGAAGCGUAACCUCCGAAUUGUGUAUGACGCUAUUGGUACUCUGGCAGAUGCAGUUGGGAGAGAGCUCAAUCAGCCCAAAUAUCUUGACAUUUUGAUGCCUCCACUAAUCUCCAAGUGGCAACAACUUUCAAAUUCUGAUAAGGAUCUAUUUCCGUUACUAGAGUGUUUUACAUCUAUAGCACAGUUUCAGCAAACAACAAGAAGAUCAACCACAAAUUGCUUUUAUGUGUUGCAGGCAUUAGGUCCAGGAUUUUCUCAGUUUGCAGAACCUGUAUUCCAGAGGUGCAUCAACAUCAUCCAAACCCAGCAAUUGGCAAAGGUUGAUCCUGUUAGAGCGGGGGUUCAAUAUGAUAAAGAAUUUAUUGUUUGCUCUUUGGAUUUGCUCUCAGGGCUUGCAGAAGGUCUUGGCAGUGGGGUAGAGAGUCUGGUUUCACAAAGCAAUUUAAGGGACUUGCUCCUGCAAUGUUGUAUGGAUGAUGCUGCUGAUGUACGGCAAAGUGCCCUUGCACUUCUUGGGGAUCUUGCAAGGGUCUGUCCUGUACAUUUGGGUCCUCGCCUUUCUGAAUUUCUCACUGUUGCAGCCAAACAGCUGGAUACUCCUGAGUUAAAGGAGACCGUUUCUGUGGCAAACAAUGCAUGUUGGGCAAUUGGAGAACUGGCAGUUAAGGUUCGCCAAGAUGUUUCUCCAGUUGCGUUGACUGUUAUCUCAUGCCUUGUCCCAAUCCUUCAAAAUGCGGAGGGUCUCAAUAAAUCACUCUUGGAAAAUAGUGCCAUCACUUUGGGGAGGCUUGCUUGGGUCUGUCCAGAUCUUGUCUCACCACAUAUGGAACAUUUCAUGCAAUCAUGGUGCACUGCUUUAUGCAUGAUCCGUGAUGAUGUCGAGAAGGAGGAUGCAUUUCGAGGUCUUUGUGCAAUGGUGAGAGCAAACCCAUCUGGUGCACUGAGCUCGCUUGUGUACAUGUGCAAGGCUAUAGCUAGUUGGCAUGAAAUAAGGAGCGAGGAUCUUCACAACGAAGUUUGCCAGGUGUUGAAUGGAUAUAAACAGAUGCUUAGGAAUGGAGCGUGGGAACAGUGCAUGUCUUCAUUGGAGCCGUCUGUGAAGGCGAGGCUGUCUAAAUAUCAAGUAUAGUUACAUAUCUGAAGAAAAGAGAAUAUCCUGUUCUUUGUGGCGGUCUACUCCAGCCUCUGUGCCUCUCAUCUUCUUCUACAACAAUGUAUACCUAUGUCAUCACAUCAAGUGCAGUACCAUUGGGCAUUUCUGUUUGUGUCUCGAAAUGAAGGUAGGCAGAGCCAUCAUUUCGUCGGGGCAAAAGGUGAUAGUUGUGAAAUUUCUUCUUGAUUGUGGUUGUGUAAUGCCCGAAGCAAUUUCACCCUCUGCAAGUGGACACUGCCAAAAAGCUGGACUGAUUUUAAGAGGCAAGGAAGUAAGUUAAUAUUACGGGGGUUGGAUACAGGUCCCAGGGGUGCGGCUUUUCAAGCACUGCUGAUCGAGACGGUUGAUCCGAAUUUCGUGUUUGUUUUGUACUCUUAUAUAAGAAAACCCCAUUUCUGCUGUGAAUUCUCAUUGGUUCCCAUUUCGGCUUUCACAUGUUACACUGCGUCAGUGGAUUUGUUUUGUUUCCGAUCCGAUUUCCGCUGAUUUCUUUUUCCCAUUUGUUUUAUUUUUUAGAAGGGUGGAGGGGGUUAUUCUUUGUUUUUAUCUCUUUAGCUGGUUAGUUGAAGGUGGAGCUAUGUUGCUCCAAAUGUUGUGAAUUGUGGGGUGUGGAUUUGUUGGAUUCAUGGUCAUGUAGCUGUGGAUGCCAUCAAAUAUAAGAUUCAUAUUGACCUUUGUUUGA